UCGAAAAUAAAUUUUUUAAAGGGAAUAUUUAUGGCUUAUCCAUCUUCGGGAUUUCAGUUUGCCAUUUUUCUUCCUGCAUUUUUUCUGGGCUUAAUUUCUUUAUUUGGAAUUUCAAUGAAUUCAAGUGUUUGUUAUAUAGUUGUGAAAUAUUGGUAAUUUUAAUAUAUUAUUUUGUAGUUCCGAUUAUCGAUAUCCGUCCUAUAAUAUUCGAAAAAUCACAUGUACAUUUUAACCAAAAAAUAUUAUUUCUUUGGUUAAUAUUAAAUAAACUCUUAGGGGAAAAUAUACGGCAAUGAAAAGCAAAACAAGCAUUUUACUGGCUAUCAACUCGUUUUGUGAAAUUUUACAUCAAAUUGGGCAUAUUUUCUUUUUGAUUUUUACAAUAAAAGGCAUAAACUUUGUACCAGCAAUUGUGGCAUUUAAAUAUCAGGCUAUACCAAUCUUUGGUGCUUUUGCAUCUAUUUUUAUGUUUGGGUCAUUAAGUCUGGAUCGAUUUCUUGCUGUCGCUUUUCCAAUAUUGUAA